CGGGACCCUGGGGCUGCGAUGAGCCCCUGCGGGCGGGCCCGGCGACACACGUCCAGAGGGGCCAUGGCUGUACUGGCGUGCAAGUUCCCGCGGACCCGGCUGCCGGUGGGGGCUAGUGCCCUCUGCGUCGUGGUCCUCUGUUGGCUCUACAUUUUCCCCGUCUACCGGCUGCCCAACGAGAAGGAGAUCGUGCAGGGGGUGCUGCAACAGGGCACGGCGUGGAGAAGGAACCAGACAGCGGCCAGACUUUUCAGGAAACAGAUGGAAGACUGCUGUGACCCUGCCCAUCUCUUUGCUAUGACUAAAAUGAAUUCUCCCAUGGGGAAGAGCAUGUGGUAUGAUGGGGAGUUUUUAUACUCAUUCACCAUUGACAAUUCAACUUAUUCUCUCUUCCCCCAGGCAACCCCAUUCCAGCUGCCCUUGAAGAAAUGUGCGGUGGUGGGAAAUGGUGGGAUUCUGAAGAAGAGUGGCUGUGGCCGUCAAAUAGAUGAAGCAAAUUUUGUCAUGCGAUGCAAUCUUCCUCCCUUGUCAAGUGAAUACACUAAAGAUGUUGGAUCCAAAAGUCAUCUAGUGACAGCUAACCCCAGCAUAAUUCGGCAAAGGUUUCAGAACCUGCUGUGGUCCAGAAAGACAUUUGUGGACAACAUGAAAAUUUAUAACCACAGUUACAUCUACAUGCCUGCGUUUUCUAUGAAGACAGGAACAGAGCCAUCCCUCCGGGUUUAUUAUACACUGUCAGAUGUCGGUGCCAAUCAAACAGUGCUCUUUGCUAACCCCAACUUUCUGCGUAGCAUUGGAAAGUUCUGGAAAAGUAGGGGAAUUCAUGCCAAACGCCUGUCUACAGGACUCUUUCUGGUGAGCGCAGCCCUGGGACUCUGUGAGGAGGUGGCCAUCUAUGGCUUCUGGCCCUUCUCUGUGAAUAUGCAUGAGCAGCCCAUCAGCCACCACUACUAUGAUAAUGUCUUGCCCUUUUCUGGCUUUCAUGCCAUGCCAGAGGAAUUUCUCCAACUCUGGUAUCUUCAUAAAAUUGGUGCACUGAGAAUGCAGCUAGACCCGUGUGAGGACACCUCACUCCAGCCCACCUCCUAG